AAUGGACAACGAUUCAUCUAAAGAUUCACAAUCAACUCCUGUUAAUAAAUUCAAAACAUGGGUGGAAAAAUAUCGGCCAUCACGAUUGGAUGAUAUUGUAUAUCAAAAUGAAAUUGUUAAUUCUUUAAAAAGUAUUAUUGCAUCAAAUGCUUGUAAUCUACCAAAUUUUUUAUUCUAUGGUCCACCGGGUACCGGCAAAACAUCAACCAUUAUUGCAUUGUCUAAACAAUUGUUCGGUGUUGAACAUUAUAAAAAUCGUGUACUCGAAUUGAAUGCAUCAGAUGAACGUGGUAUUCAAGUGAUCCGAGAUAAAGUAAAAUCAUUUGCCCAGCGAACAAUAUCCAAUAACAAUCAGGUGGCUGCUAUUAAAAUCAUUGUACUGGAUGAAUGUGAUUCGAUGACCAAAGAUGCACAAUCAGCUUUACGACGAAUUAUGGAAAAAUAUUCUGCCACUACACGUUUCUGUUUGAUAUGUAAUUAUGUAUCAAAAAUAAUCGAUCCAAUCAUAUCACGUUGUACUGUUUAUCGAUUCAAGCCACUCAAAACUGAUCUUGUGAAAGCAACAUUGUUGAAAGUUGGUCAUCAAGAAGGAUUCAAAGUUAGUGAUAAAACAUUGGACAUAUUGAUAGAAAUAUCCGAAGGUGAUCUUCGUAAAGCGAUCACUUUGAUACAAACAUUAUCAUUGAUCAAUGAUGGUGGUGAUGAUGAUGAGAUCAGUUCGGAUGAUAUUUGUGAAAUUGCCGGUCAAGUACCGAUUAAACGUAUCGAACAUUUUUUCAACAUAUGUCGUAACAGCAAAUCAUAUUCACAAUUGUUAACCGAAAUUAAACAGAUUAUCCAUGCAGGCUAUUCUGCCACACAAUUCCUUUGUCAAUUACAAGAAUGGCUAGCCAUGUCCGAUGAAUGUUUGUUGAAUGAUGGACAAAAAUCCAGAAUUUGUUGGCAAAUUGGCAUAGCAGAUAAACGGCUACUGGAUGGUUGUGAUGAAUUUCUACAAUUGUUACAAGUCGGUUCAUGUAUCAUGCAGACUGUUGGUUAAGCUGGUUUUAGAUGUCAUCAAUCCAGGCAUAGCUCUUUGAACAAUAACAACAAAAAUCAAUUUUUUUAAAUUUAUGAAUAAAAUUCAUUUUACUUACAAA